AUGGAUCCAUUUUCAGUUCAUGCGCAACUUAGUCCAAAUUGUGCAUUUGUUAAAUCUAUCAAACCAUCGACUGAUGUCUUCUUCUUAUCUUCGUGUCAUACACCGGCAACUAUUAGUACUGAUUUACCAACUACUGAUUCCAGUGAACAAGAUAAGUUCUCUAAAUGUCAAAAAACAAAAUUAACCAACGAAAGUAUUCAGACACCUGCUUUUGUCGAAGUGGAAAUGCUGAAACAAAUACGUCGUCAAACAUUUUCACACUGGCCACAUCGAAUUUCACCAUCUCAAGCACAAAUGAUUCAAGCUGGCUUUUUCAAUUGCAAUGUUGGUGAUCGGGUGAUCUGUAUCUAUUGUAACCUCAUUUGUCAACAAUGGACGUCACACACAGAUGAUCCAUGUGAAGUGCAUAAAACACUUUCGCCUCAAUGCCCUUUUGUGCUGAACAUGUUAGUACGUCGUGAAGCCACGCCUUUAUCAAUCAUUAAUCUGAAUUCCGUGACUGACGGAGCAUCAACAGUUGCUGCUGUUACUAAUGCCUUUCGCUCGCAUGAAAUUGUGCUUACUGCUGCUUGUAACUCGUAUUAUAUAGAAAUUCCAAAACGCCAUCAAUCAUUUACUACGUGGCCCAGCGACCCACUUCCAUCCGUUGAUGAUCUCGUUCGCGCCGGGUUCUUUUAUACUGGUAAUAGUACCAUCGUUACAUGUUUCUACUGCAAUGGCUCAUUGCAGAAUUGGGGCGCAAACGAUAGUCCUACAAUUGAGCAUGCUCGGUGGUUUCCACAUUGUGGAUAUGCAAAACAACUCUGUGGAGAUGAUCUAUAUCGAAAAAUCCAGGAAUCGAAACGAACUGCACAAGAACGUGCUAGACCCAAAGAGACAACCAACAAUAUUACGAGUAGUGCCCAAAAAUUGCAAAUAUCGGAUGAAAGUACAUUGUCGCGUUUGGUGGCGGCUCGCCUAGAUUUGCCUAUAUCGCAAAAGUUGCUUAACCAAAAUUUCAAAUUAUCGAUCAUCAAACGUUGUUGGGAGGAUCAACUUCGGUUAAAAUUGGAUGAUUUCGUUACCGACUGCGAUCUAUUGAUGGCUUGUACUAUUCUACAGAAACAAAUCACUGGUAUUAACGGCAAGAAAGAGAAUAUCAUAGUGCCCAGUAUUAAAAUGCGACAAGUGCGCGAGGCAUUUCUAUCAGAAAUCCUUCCUGCACAAUCAUCGACAUCGUCUCCUACUGCAGCAGUCUCAACGAGUUCAUCGAACGCUUCUGAUGUUGAAAUGACCACUACAUCUGAAUCAUCUACUACCCAAUCGAACUCAAGAACAUCCAUGGCCUCCGGUUUAGUAACAAAAGAAAUUGAAUCUCGUAUUAAACAAUCACCUGAACAUCUCUUUGAAGUUUUUCUUGAAAUUCAUCAAUCGAUUAAUAACGAACCACCUGCAAUUUUAAUUCAAUAUCCAAAUGAUUUCUCAGAUCCAAUACUUAAAACAGCUGCUAAUUUUGCAUAUCCCUGUAAAAUUCCAUCCGAUGAUCAAAGUGAAUAUUUUACAUUUGUUGUUCUCGAUUCAACAAGUUUAAUUUUCCGUUUCGGAUAUUGUCGUCGAUCUAAUCGAGAAUCUACUUGUUUAUGUAUAAUGAGUUAUUAUCCAUGGUUUGAAAUAUUUUGUAAUAUUCUUAAUGAUGUAUCACAAAUAAUUAAUACACAAUCAGUCGCAGAAGUUGAAACAUUUUUAUCAUCAUUAUAUAAUUAUAAAUUAAUCUCAAUUGAAGAAUUUUAUAAACGUGGAGGAAAAGAAAUGAUUGAAAUUAAUAAUCUUUCAAAAGUUUAUAGUUAUCCUCGACCUGAUCAACGUAAACUUCCUUCAAUAUCAUCUAAUAGCAAUUUUACAAUAAUGUUUUCUCGAUUGGGUCCAGAUAUGACUCUACGUCUUUUUGCCCAUUUAAUUUUUGAACGAAGAAUUUUAUUUAUUUCAUCAAAACUUUUUCAUUUAACUGCAUGUGCUUGUGGAUGUUUACAUUUAAUUAAUCCAUUGCAUUGGCAAAGUAUUUUUUUACCAAUUCUUCCCGAAUCUCUGACAUGGACAGCACAAUGUACAGCACCAUAUAUAAUUGGAAUACAUUCAAGUAUUUAUUCGAGAAUGAAUAAAAAAGAACUAGGUGAUGUAGUAAUAGUAAAUAUUGAUGAUAGAAAAAUUGAAUCACAAUAUGAUGAUCUGAAUUUAUUUCCUAAACAUUUAAUACGUAAUAUGAAAAAAGAUAUUCAACAAUCAUCACAAUUUAUUGAAGAUCACUUAGCAAGAAUUUUUCUUCGAGCUAUGGCAUCUAUUCUUGGAAAUUAUGCAAGUGGAUUUGUAUUAAAAAAUGAACAAUUAGAUUUCGAUAGAAAUGUUUAUUUGAGACAAUAUUUAAAAUCUGAUUUAAAUAUGUUUAUGUCUUCUGUUGUUAAUACACAAAUGUUUGAACAAUUUUCUCGGCAUCGAACUUAUCUACAACUUCAUCCUGAUAUUGAUGUUGAUGAAUUUGAUAUUGAAGUAAAAAGUUUUGAACAAAGUCAACAAUCAAAAAGAUCUAAUGUCAACAAAAAAAUCUACCAAAUUCCAGAUAGAACUACCAAUCCAGAUACUGAACAAAUACAAACUAAAACUGAAAAAUUACAACCGGUGAUGAAUAAACCUGAAGAAAGAGUUACAAAUGAAGAUUCAUCCGUAAAAACUCAUUACGCAUCAUUUGAUAUAAACAAUAGCAUUCAACAAAAAACUGACGAUUCAGUCGAAUCAAAUCAUCAAACAGCUCAACAGUCAAAUUCAUCGAGUUUCUUAAAUGAUGAAUCAUCUUCAUUAUUUCAUUCUUCAACUUCUAAAUUUGAUCAAGAUAAAACCAAUCAAUUAAUCGAUUUCAAUAUAGACGAAAAUCCAUUAUUACCAUUCUCUAUGGAAUCAAAUGUAAAUAAAAUACAUGAAACUCCGCGUUCAAAAAAAUUACAAAUAAAUUCAAAAAUAAAACAAUUACAAAAUGAACUUCAAUCUAAAGUUCAAACAUUCAACAAUAAACCUAUUGAUCCACGUGAUGAAUAUGAUAAAGAACAAACUGAAGUCAACAAACUUAUUGAACAAUUUGAUCCAUUUAAUAAUUCAAAUGAUGUAAAUAAAACAAAACCCAUGAUAUUUCAUUCAGAUAUGGUUACAUUUAAUUGUCAUUCACCUAUUUCUGAAACAAUACCAACAAAUUAUGUGAAAAAUAUUCAAUCAAAUUAUGAAACCAAUACUCAAUUUAAUUCAAAGCCUGAUUAUUCUGCUGAACAAAAUUCUCAUUCUUCAUCAUCAAUAGAUUUUGAUCCUUUAAUACCAUCAGCAAAUAAUUCAUAUCCUCAUCUUCCAUCAUCAGAGACAAAUGAAUCGAAUUUAAUUGAUUUUAAUUAA